GCAGUCUUUUUAGCCUUACCAUCUAAUGAAGCAAAUACAGCUAAAGCUUUCUUCUCAUCAGCUAAAUCUGUCAGUGCUUGCCACACUUCUAACUCCUUUUUCCAAUGAAUAUCAUUGGACCCAUCUUUUAAUACAGGUGGAUUUUUGUAACUUGUUGAGGUCAUAAUAUAGAUCGUUCCAAUUCUGCUACCAUUGAUAUUUCUUAAAACCACUAACCUUUUGUCUUCUAUAAGACUUUCUAAUAUUCUUCUUCCUCAGUAAUCCUUUGUUCUGAUAGUCUAUAAUCUUUUUGAUGGAAUCCAACAGCUUCUUUUGCUUUCUAAUAUUCUUCCUUGCUCAAUAAUACUUUCAUCCAAUACUCACAUGCAAUCUUUCUUGUAUAACCCAACACCUUCUUAGCUAUAUUUACGGGGUCAGUGAUAUUGUCUUACUCUUUCUUUUAUAUGACAAUAAAUACAUGUUAACAGGUUAUUCUGUAAAAAUAGUCAAAUUGUGGCCUAUGAGGAUGUAAAAGCUUCUUAUGUUGUUAAUGUGUCAAAUAUUUCUGCUAAGUGUGAUAAAAUAAAUUGGAUUGGAUAGUAUAUACAAAUUUUAAAAUUGGAUGUCCCCACCUACCCCUAUAAUUAGGUUACUAUAAGACUGUUGGGAUUUUGUUGAGAUUUAUAAAUUAAAAUAGAAUAUUUUAUAUAUUACUUUGUCCUUAACAGGUAUAUAUAUAUACAUACAUACCUACAUACAUGGAAAAGAAUUUUGAAGUAUUGUUAUAUGUCGAAGAAUUUAAGGAAAACGAUCUUGUUCUUCUGAAGAAAUGGAAAAGGAAGAAAUUUGACAACAAAAAACUACUUUAUAUCACGUUAUCUGUAUCUGAUCAAUUCCUCUUUUUAUUCAAAUUGGAAAUUUUAAACAGCAGUAGAUUCCGCCAAGGAUUUUUGCACUGGAUACUCGUAGAUGGCAAGAAGACAAAGGACUCUCUCUGUAUUGUGCAAAGUAACGAAGAUCAACAAGACAACAUAGUUGUAAAGGUCUUAGCAAAUAAAGAAGCAAAACUUUCAUUCAGUAAAGAAUAUUUGUGGUGGCGUCUACUUCAUCCUCUUCUUGUUCAAAAAAUACAAUUAGAAUAUAUGAUGGCUUGCCUCUCUACUCUGGGUGGAGCACAUUCUUCUUUAGGAGAUGUGUCAAAGAAACAUGCUGAAAGAGCUGGCGAGAUUUCUGCACAGCAAUACAUAGUUGCUAUAAAGUUAAACGACUCUGUCACCAAAUCUCGAUGCAAGUUAUUUUUAGCGCAUAGCUUGAUGCAACGUGGUAGAUUGAAACUGGCUUCUAAUAUAAUACGAAGUGAGUACAAUACAGCAAAGGUCGCUAGGAGUGUUAGUACGCUGUUGAUAACAUGUUGUCUUGCUGCAUGGAGCAAACUGAAGUAUCUAUAUACGCUUAAAAAAGAGAAUAAAGCACGAAUCGCCGCAAGAUAAAAUAAAUCUGUGAAAAUCUAUGUUCAGCUAAUCUGGGAAAUUUCUCUAGAAUCUGCCGAGGUGUCGAGGAAUUAUGAAACUGGAAUUUUAAUAUUUCAUCAACGCGAGACAGAUUCGUGAUACAAGGCAGAUGAUCUCAGCGUAGCCAUCAGCUGUAAAGUAUUUGUAAUCCGCGAAGAUACCGUCGUUGAUAUUGUUGCUCUGAGUGCUAUAGCAUUUUGUGCAUGACUUUGUUUUCUAAUCCUUCCGAAUGUGAAAACUGUAAACAACGUGUUAGUUGUAAUGUGAUGAAAAAUUUUGUCCGUGUUUUACAACAAAUCGUAAGUCGGUGAAAUAUAAAAAGCAUCGAGAAA